AUGGACGUCACAACAUUAAAAAUCUCAUGUUUUCCAUCCCAUUAAUAGAAGUUUUGCCCGUGUACUGUUUAUAUUGAUAAAUUUACAAAAUGUCCAAUGACCCCCUCAACGAAAUAUUACAAUUCUUAAAGCCAGAAUCUAGGAUAGACUUAAAACAUAUAUCUCUCGACCAUUUGGUAGGAUUAUCUGGCAGUGAAGAUGGUAUAAAUACAUUAUUACAGAAUGAACAAAUUAUUCAAAACGUAAUUGAACUGUGCGACGAUAGAAUCGAAGAAAUCGCUAAGAAUGCUCUACUACUUCUCGUUAACGUCACGGCAAACGCUAAGGGGGCUACAGAACUGUUAAAAUACAAGCCUAGCACUCAUAGAAACAUACUAAACUUGCUUAUAGGUUAUGUUCUGAAUCCUCAGAAAAGAUAUGCAGACGCCGCAUGUAUGAUCCUUUCCAACGUCACCAGACUCGAGGAUCAACUGGAAAUAUGCAUAGACACAUUCCUACCUCAACUAAAUGAUAUAUUAAAUGCAUUUGUGAACAUAGAUUUUAAUAAAACCGGAUCUAAUCUGAAUUAUUUAGCGCCAAUGUUUAGUAACCUAAGUUGCAGUAAUAGAAUAAGGAAGUGGCUGACAGAGGAACAUCCACAUGUGCCGUUAAUUAAACUAUUACCGUUUUGUAACUUUGAGAAGUCCGUAAUAAGGAGAGGAGGUGCUUUGGGUACCGUACGGAAUCUAUCGUUUGAUACCGAGUAUCACACAUUCUUAUUAAGCAACGAACUGGAUUUAUUGACAUACUUAUUAAGCCCUUUAAUGGGUAAUGAAGACUAUCCUGAUGAGGAAAUGGAUAAAUUACCAAUAGCGUUGCAAUACCUACCGAAAGAGAAGACUCGGGAUCCAGAUGUGGAUAUACGCAAAAUAGUUUUGGAGACAUUAAACAAAUUAUGCACUAAACAGAACGGUAGGGAGGUGUUACGGGAGAAUGGAGUUUAUUACGUCUUAAGAGAGUACCAUAAGUGGGAGAAAGACCCUAAAGCUCUAUUAACGUGUGAAAAUGUAGUAGAUAUAUUGAUACAGAAGGAGGAAGAAGUAGGCGCAGAAGAUUUGUCUACAGUGGACGUACCUGAUGAUAUGAUAGACAAAUUCCAAAAGAUGGAUGAAGAUUAUUUGAAAAAUGUUGAAUAAAUCUUG